AUGCAUGUCAAUCCUGAGCUUCAUGAACUUGGGAUACAUGUAGACAGACCGAACCUCGCCUCACCAUUGUUCCAGUUUCAGCAAUCAACUCGUCUUGAUCUAGAAGAAGGCGGCAGUUUCUGUCCAAAUACUUCGUAUUCACUUCCCCCUAUCGAUUUCGUUGGUAAUCCUAUAUUAUCAGGAAAAGCGGAUUCUCAACUUGUAGUAGAUGUAUCCAUCGGUCUCCUAACCACCACAUGCUCUGAUUCCAUUUCUCCUCCUGUUAAUUCUGCAUCAGUUAUUGAUUCACAAAAAAAACGUACAGAAGAUAAAUGUGGUGAGGCAUAA